CCCGGCGCCGCCACAGUGCGUCGUGAGAAACCUUGCGGAGACGAGGUGCUGCUGCAAUGGCUUCCAACAGUGUCGUGGUGAGUGCUGCGGGGCCCGUGAGUGAAGCUCCUGAAAUUCCGGACAACGUGGGAGAUUGGCUUCGGGGCGUCUACCGCUUCGCUACGGACAGGAAUGAUUUUCGGAGGAACUUGAUUCUCAAUUUGGGACUUUUUGCUGCAGGAGUUUGGCUGGCCAGGAAUUUGAGUGACAUUGACUUAAUGGCACCUCAGCCUGGGGUGUAGCCAAAUAGUUGUCCUCUUGAUUGCAGACAGAUGGAACCCCUGUGCUAUAUUGGAACCUUCCAUAAGCAGAGCCUACAAUCUGUCUAUUACAAGAUUUGCCUGGUGGCAGCUGAAGUUUGAUUCACACGGGCACCUUCCCUAUCUUGCCUAUUUCCUUUAUUUUUUUCCCUUUCAUUUAUGAGUCUACUUAGAACUGUUCCCUGAUCAGCAGUCAGUCUUGAGUCAGAGUUCUGUCCCCUGCUCUGUAAAGUUAUGUACAUAUUUCCUGAGUAUCUGCAGGGAGUGCUCUUUGUACUUUUUCAGAUGUAUUUAACAAAUAUUUGAAAUAAAGACUGCACAUGGA